GCGGCUCCCUUCCCUGAAGGCCAGCACGCACUGUCCUCAGCUGGGGCAUCCUGCAGCAGAGGCCGCCACCAUGACGAGGGACCAGAGCGGCACCUGGGAGAUGGAAAGCAAUGACAAUUUCGAGGGCUACAUGAAGGCUCUAGACAUUGAUUUUGCCACCCGCAAGAUCGCGGUGCGGCUGACUCAGACGAAGAUCAUUGAGCAGGCUGGUGAUGACUUCAAGACGAAAACCAACAGCACGUUCCGGAACUAUAACUUGGAUUUCACCGUUGGUGUGGAGUUUGAUGAGUACACAAAGGGCCUGGACAACCGGAAUGUGAAGUCACUAGUCACCUGGGACGGCGAUUGCCUGGUGUGUGUCCAAAAGGGGGAGAAGCAGAACCGCGGCUGGAAGCAGUGGGUUGAGGGGGACAAGCUGCACCUGGAGCUGACCUGUGAGGACCAGGUGUGCCAUCAAGUGUUCAAAAGGAAGUGAGGUCCACGCAGGUGGCCCCCGUCCACAGUCGGAGCCUCCCCCUCCCACAGAGCCC